ACGUUCCCCCUCCGACCUGUUGCGGGAACCUUUGUUUCUCUCUUCUUCAAGCUGGCGAGGGCGGGGACGGGUUCGAAGAGAGCUACCGGGAACCGACCGAGUGGCGGGGCGGAGCGGUGUUUGCAAUGGCUGCUACUGUGAACUUGGAACUUGAUCCCAUUUUUCUGAAAGCACUAGGUUUCUUACACUCAAAGAGUAAAGAUUCUGCUGAAAAGCUAAAAGCAUUGCUUGAUGAGUCUUUGGCUCGGGGCAUUGAUUCAAGUUACCGUCCAACUCAAAAGGAUGUGGAACCACCCAAAAUUUCAAGUACAAAAUCACUUUCUAUUAAGCAAGAGCCCAAACCAUCAUCUAGCCUCCCUUCCAGCAGUAGUAACGGCAAAGGCCUCACAGCUGAGAAGAUAAAGAAAGAGGCCGAGAAGAGACCUGCUGAUAAGAUGAAAGAUGUCACUGAAGGAAUUGAUGUUCCAAAGAAACCUAGACUGGAGAAGCCAGAGACACGAUCCUCUCCCAUUACUGUACAAACCAGCAAGGAUUUGAGUAUGGCUGACCUCUCCAGCUUUGAAGAGACUAGUGCUGACGACUUUGCCAUGGAGAUGGGGUUGGCCUGUGUUGUUUGUAGACAAAUGACCGUGGCAUCUGGAAACCAACUGGUAGAAUGUCAAGAGUGUCAUAACCUCUACCACCAAGACUGCCAUAAGCCCCAGGUGACAGACAAAGAAGUCAAUGACCCUCGCCUGGUGUGGUACUGCGCCCGGUGCACUAGACAGAUGAAGAGAAUGGCUCAGAAAACUCAGAAGCCACCACAGAAACCAGCACCCACUGUUGUUUCUGUGGCUCCAACUGUCAAGGAUCCAUUAGUUAAGAAACCAGAAACCAAACUUAAACAAGAGACAACCUUCCUAGCAUUCAAGAGAACUGAAGUUAAGCCAUCCACGGUUAUUUCAGGAAAUUCUUCUAGUAACAACGUGUCCUCUUCGGUAACUAGUGGCCUAACUGGAUGGGCAGCUUUUGCAGCCAAAACUUCUUCAGCUGGUCCAUCAACAGCAAAAUUGAAUUCAGCAGCACAAAACAGUAGUGGAAAACCUGCUACCUCAUCUGCUAACCAAAAGCCUGUGGGUUUGACUGGUCUGGCAACAUCAUCCAAAGGUGGAAUAGGUUCCAAAAUAGGUUCUGGUAACAGCACUAGCCCCUCUGUCCCGUUGAAACCGCUUCCACCGCUAACCUUAGGCAAGACUGGCCUGAGUCGCUCAGUUAGUUGUGAUAACGUCAGCAAAGUGGGUCUUCCUAGUCCUAGUAGUUUAGUUCCUGGAGGCGGCAGCCAAUUGAGUGGGAAUGGAAAUAGUGCUACAACGGGGCCCAGUGGAAGUACCACCAGCAAAGCCACAUCAGAGACCAGCAGCAGUACCUCAGCAUCUCUUAAAGGUCCAACUUCACAAGAAUCACAGCUCAAUGCAAUGAAGCGAUUACAGAUGGUCAAGAAGAAAGCUGCCCAAAAGAAACUCAAGAAAUAAUAUGGCCAGAUAGGUUUUUAUAUCAUAUUACUCUAAAACUUUAAAAAAAAAAAAAAAAAACCUUACUGGGACAAAAGAUGUAACAUACUGUACUUUAAUAAAAAUCUUGAUCAAAUCUCUAUUGUUUGUUACAUUAAAAUGCUAACAUCAUUUAGCCAAACUUGGAUCUAUUUAUUUCUGUUUAGCAUUUUUAAUUUGCAUAGUAUGUGAAAAUAGUGAUUAUAAUGACUGAUUCAUGACAAGAGCUUCAGGAAAUUGAUGGCGCAUGCAGAUGUAAAGAAAUGGCUCACCUGGUACCUUAUGGGCGACAGGGACAACUCAAUAGAAAGUGUUCCAGCGUUUUAUAAAAUCUGAAAUGAUCAUUGUCAGUCAUUGUCCUCAUGUCAGCUAGUAUCUCUCUCUAAUUACUUCCUCUUUUAUCAAAAUUAAUUUUGAAAGUGAUUUUCCAUAGCUCCCUAUCAUGUCUUUAGCUCUCAAUCACCCCUUAUCAGUUACUUAUGGAGUUAUUUAGUCCAGUAGAUUAUGAAUGCUCAUGCCCGUUUAAUACAAUAUACUUUCUCACAUUGCCCACUUUCCCUACCUGGCCAGUGUGCGAAUAUGAACAUUUAAUAAAUGCUGACUUGACUCAUCCUGGUUGCACAUUCUGAGAAUUAUUGAGAAGAGUAUCCAUUUCUAAGAGGUUUUGCAUGUGGGAAUUAUGACUAGUUUGCACCCAGCUUCUUCCUCAGUGAAAGGACAAGCUGUUUUUAAUAUUUCAAGAAUGUUUAAUGUGGUUUAAUUAUCUUUGUAUAAAAAGAAGCUCCUACCUAAUUAUUAGUUCUUGAGAUUUCUGUCAGAAAGUUUUCAUAUGUUUUGAAUAUUGUUAGGAUAUGGUUUGUGUCCUAAGGUUUCAUGUGUUAGAAGCAUAAUCCCCAAUAUGGCAAUGGAGUUGGUGGUUGACAGGUGGAGCCUGUUGGAAGAUCAGUAUGCCCUUGGGAAGGAUUAAUUAGUCCUCAUGUGUCCACUGACUAAUUCUGGCCAAGAGUGGGGUUAUAAAAGACUAUCCCAGAAUUGACCGUUGGGCAAAAUCUCCUCUGAACUCUUGCCAUGAUGUGAUGCUAUAUAUAUCCAAGACAAGCCAUUGUCUUGUAAGCUAAUGUUAUAUAUAUCCCAACAAAGAACAGAAUACUUUCUGUAUCUGACCAAUAAAUGUAUUAUAGCAAAAUAGCAUCCUUUCUUUUUUAUAAUCAAUGAAUACCUCAUUUUUUUCCAAAACUGAAUAUUGUGAUUUCCUAUAUUCAUUGAGUCAAAUUGUUUUAAAUCUAAUCUCAGUGUAUCUUUCUUUAUCCCUAGAUUUUCUAACAUCAUUCUAAAAAUAAAUUGAUAAUCAUUGUAAAAGAGAAAACUUAAGUUAAGCAUGGUCUUUUUCUAUGGAAAUAUUUUCAACUGUUAAAUAAUGGCAUUAAAUUGUUCAUAAUAAAUUAGAAACCAAUAUUGAAAUAAACCCAAAAUUUAGAGAUGGAAUAAAUAUCUAUUUAUAUACUUAAAAA